GACGGAGGCGGCGUCUGCGGGAGGGAGCGGCGCGGCUGCGGUGGAAGGCGAGGGAAGCGGGCGGCUUCUGCAGAAUCGCCUCCUUUCCCCUGGCUCGGUGCGGGAGACGCGCGGACACAGGCUCCGGAGAGCUGGCCGCGGAAGGUAAAGUAUGUGCAGAAUUCCACAACAAAGGUUUUAAGAAAAGUGAACAUUAUGGCAAAGUCACCAGAAGGAAGUUCAGCAAAAAGUAACGUUCAUCCCACGUUGAAAAAUUCUGCCAUUAAGUGCCAAACAAAUCCAAAAAAGAAUUACCGGUAACUGGGAAUCUAAAUCACAAUUACUCCUGAUCUAAAUAUAAAGAAACAACAAUAACAUCAAUGCACAACCACGGGUUGUGGUGCCUUUUUCAUAUUUGAGUUUCAGUCCUCAUAAUUCAUACGUGUCUCCAUGUUUAAAACUCCUUUAGUUGUAUAUACAAUAAAUCAAAGUUAGAACUGGCUUGCUGUUCAUUAGAAUAACUGUGCUAAAAAUUUGCCAAAAUGAGUGCAGAAGGAUACCAGUACAAAGCUUUAUAUGAUUACAAAAAAGAACGAGAAGAAGACAUUGACCUACAUUUGGGAGAUAUUUUAACUGUGAAUAAAGGUACUUUAGUUGCUCUUGGAUUCAGUGAUGGAGAAGAAGGAAAACCUGAGGAAAUUGGUUGGUUGAAUGGCUAUAACGAAAUGACUGGGGAAAGGGGAGACUUUCCAGGAACUUAUGUAGAAUAUAUUGGAAGGAAAAAAAUUUCACCCCCUACUCCAAAGCCCCGUCCAGUUCGACCACUACCCAUGGCACCAAGUCCUGCAAGAGUCGGAACAGAAGGUGAUCAAUCAGUGUUUACACUUUCGGAUCUUUGUGAGCAGUUUUCACCUCCAGAAAUUGCACCACCUCUUCUUGUGAAAUUAGUGGAAGCUAUUGAAAGAAAAGGUCUGGAAUGUUUGUCAUUGUAUAGAUCCCAAGGGUCAAGCAGCAAUGUUGAAUUAAGACAGAUUAUUGAGUGUGAGGUUUCUUCAGUGGAUUUUGAGGGAAUUGAACUUCACAUUUUAACAGAUGCAUUGAAGAGGUACUUUCUCGACUUGCCAAAUCCUGUCAUUCCAGCAUCUGUUUACAAUGAAAUGAUUUCUGUAGCACAAGAAGUACAGAACUCAGAAGAAUAUGCUCAAGCGUUGAAAAGACUCAUCAGAUCUCCUAACAUACCUCAACAGUAUUGGCUCACACUCCAGUAUAUCCUUAAACAUCUCGCUAGACUUUGCCAGAUCUCUACCAAAAACCCUUUAAAUGCAAAAUCUUUGGCUGAAAUUUUUAGCCUUUUGCUGUUCAGAUCUCCAAUAGCCAGCUCGGACAGUGAACAACAUAUAAAAAUAUUGGAAGUGUUAAUUACAAGUGAAUUGCAUGAGAGACAACCUGCACCAGCAUUGCCUCCAAAGCCUACAAAACCUAACACUGUAACAAAUAACGGUAUGAAUAAUAACAUGUCUUUGCAAGAUGCUGAAUGGUACUGGGGAGAUAUUUCAAGGGAAGAAGUCAAUGAGAAACUUCGUGACACUGCUGAUGGUACAUUCCUGGUACGAGAUGCCUCCACCAAAAUGCAUGGUGACUACACUCUCACACUAAGGAAAGGAGGAAAUAAUAAAUUGAUAAAAAUCUUUCAUCGAGAUGGGAAAUACGGUUUUUCAGAUCCAUUAACAUUCAAUUCUGUGGUUGAGCUAAUAAACCACUAUCGAAAUGAAUCUUUAGCUCAAUAUAAUCCAAAACUGGAUGUAAAAUUACUUUAUCCAGUAUCCAAAUAUCAACAGGAUCAAGUAGUUAAAGAAGAUAGUAUUGAAGCUGUUGGAAAGAAAUUACAUGAAUAUAAUAUUCAGUUCCAAGAAAAGAACAGAGAAUAUGACAGACUCUAUGAAGAUUAUACAAGAACAUCUCAGGAAAUUCAAAUGAAAAGAACUGCUAUUGAAGCAUUUAAUGAAACCAUAAAAAUAUUUGAAGAACAGUGCCAAACGCAAGAAAGAUACAGCAAGGAAUAUAUUGAAAAGUUCAAACGGGAAGGAAAUGAAAAAGAAAUACAAAGAAUCAUGCACAACUAUGAAAAGCUGAAAUCUCGAAUAAGUGAAAUUGUGGACAGUCGACAUAGACUGGAAGAAGAUCUAAAGAAGCAGGCUGCAGAAUACAGAGAAAUAGACAAACGCAUGAACAGCAUUAAGCCAGACCUUAUACAGCUCCGAAAAACUAGAGAUCAGUACUUGAUGUGGCUGACACAGAAAGGUGUUCGGCAAAAGAAACUGAAUGAAUGGCUUGGCAAUGAAAAUUCAGAAGACCAAUACUCUAUAGUAGAAGAUGAUGAAGAUUUGCCCCAUCAUGAUGAACGCACAUGGAAUGUUGGAAAUAUCAACAGAAGCCAAGCUGAAAAUUUAUUACGUGGGAAACGAGAUGGAACAUUCCUCGUUAGGGAAAGCAGCAAGCAGGGUUGCUAUGCCUGUUCUGUUGUUGUGGACAGUGAAGUGAAGCAUUGCGUAAUCAACAAAACACCUACUGGGUAUGGAUUUGCAGAGCCAUAUAACUUGUACAACACGCUGAAAGAACUGGUGCUACAUUAUCAGCAUACUUCAUUAGUGCAGCACAAUGACUCUCUCAAUGUCACAUUAGCCUAUCCAGUAUAUGCACAGCAGAGGCGAUGAAGAUGUUAAUCCUUUGGGGUUAUCUCUCUUUAUUAAAUACCCACAAAAGUUAAUUCGGCAGUCUUGAGGCUUCUGGGUAAAGAAGGCUUUUGAGUUGGAGCUAAGGUGUCAUGGCCUUCAGAUGGAACUGAAGCUUUCUUCACAACUGCAGCGGGAGAGGUCACGGUUGAGAGCUAUGGACACACACUUCUAAUCUAAAGUGCUUUAAAAAAAAAACUAAGCAAAAGUAAAAAUGCAGCGAAAGAGAGAAAUGCUACACCUGUCUCCCUGCAGGGACAUAGUGGCCUUUAAUCAUGGUGCUUGUUGACCAUCCCUUUGAAGCUUUACGGGCUCUAAAGUUGGAACUUUGAAGACCCCAACGUGCAGCGGGGGGCCAGCGCAAAAUGGCGGCAGAAAUUUCUCAGUCAUGACGUAGAAGAUGCGGUGUUCAGUGUGCAGUGGAUGCAGUUGCCGGCAUUGUGGAUUGCUGAUUUUCUGGUGAAUGAUAUGUAGCAGAACGGCACUUUCAAUUUUAAGGGACACUUUAAGACUCUGACAGGGUGUUGGUUGGAGAAAUGAACGUGGUAAUAGAAGUGCCAGGAAGUGUUUUUGUUUAGACAUUUAAAAUCUUGUUUUAAGAUAUUUAAGACUGAAGAGGACUGGACUUUUAUGACAAGCAGUAUAUAGUAUGUACAUAGUUCGGGAUGACUAACUAUCAUAGAUGGAUACUAUCAGAACCAACUCAUUCAUUUUUUGUUUGGAUUCCCCCCUCCCCAAAAUCCAAAUCCUUACACUGCUAUGCAAUACUUCAUUUUCUAUAGGCUAUAUUUGUUUCAUAUGUAACUAAAGAAUAAGCUGUUUCUAUUUUUUUUCUUAUGUCAUCUCAACAUGUUUUCAUAGCUCAUAUUUUUUUUGUGUGUUUUCAUGUUGUCCUCUUUCCCUCCCCCCUUUUUCUAAAUAAAUGUACAGGAUAUUGGAAAAAGUUGGCUUCAGAAUUAAAACUAUGAACUUUAACAGGGUUUUUUCCCUUUUUUGUAGCAUAUUGAGCUGCUAGCUCAAAGUUACAAUUCAAGAUUAAUUUCUCAGUUAAAUAUUUUGUUGGGCAGUGCCUGAUAAGCUUAAAAGCUGCUUUAUUCAAUAAAAAUAAAUGACUAUUGCAAAAAUA